AUGGCAAGACGUCCGACGGACCGGGAGCGGCACACGCCGGCCCAGUCGUCGGAGCGAGGAACAGCUAAGACAGUCGGCUCAGGAAAAUUCAAAAAAUAUUCUUCAAACCUCAACAUUGCCACGUUCAACGUCCUCGGCCUGAAGUCGUCACUGAAGAGAACUACUCUGACCAGAGACUUGGCGAGGUGCGCAGUGGACGUGUGCUCUCUACAGGAAACAAAACUUACAGACGGACUAGACGAAUCCAUCCUUGGACACCGUCUCAUCUGUUUUCCAACGAAAAACUAUCACUAUGGCCUCGGAUUCGCUGUCUCGAGUCGCCUUGAAAUUCAUCGGUACUGGGCAGUAUCGGACCGUGUCGCAGUCCUUACGCUCUCCAGUAGCCCCUCAGCUCUAGUGUCUGUACACCAGGGACAGAACGUCGCCUCGGGAAGGCCAUUCCUGGCUAUUAUCAACGCAUACGCACCGACAUCGACGAGAUGUGCGUCAAAUGUCGCUGAGAUGGAUAGAUUCUACGACGACUUGGCUACGGCGUACUCAGAGGUCAGCAGCAGUGCCCUACUGUACAUUUGUGGCGAUUUCAACGCGAAAGUUGGCAGUGGCCGCAGAAAUGCGAACUGUUUGGGAUCCCAUGGUAGAGGCAGACGAAAUUUCACUGGGGACACAUUGGUCAACUUCUGUGAAACUAGUCACCUCUACCUGGCCAAUACUACGUUCAAGCAUCCUGCCAGGAAUAUUACGACCUGGACUGGCUGGAGGAGAGACAAAGCAGCAGACCAAAAAGUCCCUGUGUACAAUCAGAUUGAUUAUAUUAUUUGCCGUGAGUCACAGAAACGUCUCUUGAAGAACUGCAGGAGCUACGGCGGGAUGGAGCCUUACUCAGAUCAUAGAAUUGUAAUCGCAAACCUAGAGAUACCGAGAGUGUAUGGUGUCUUGGGCAGCCAGACGCGCAAACGGAGCAUAAGCAGACAGCCCAGUGUCAAUACACUACGCCUGGCAUCAGAGAAAGAAGUACAGCUCGCCUAUGCAAAGAAGCUAUCAGAUUCACUUGCAGAGCCUACUGGGGAGGCAGGAGACGACGUGCAGGAGAACUGGAACGCUAUUCAAAAACACAUUCACAGUGCAGCAGCAACAACUGUGGGAUACGCCAAGAGAAAAAAAAACCAAAAAUACGAUGAUGCAGAACUGGAAGCCCUAUCGAAGGAGCAGAGGCAGCUGCGCAUACAGCUGACAUUUGUCACUGACGACAAGAAGAGAAAAUCCCUCAAAACCAAACGUAACCGAAUUCAACACAGUUGA